AUGCCUAGCAAGUCCCUGGUGACAGGAGCGAGUGGCUACAUCGCAAGCCACUUGGUAAAGCAGCUCCUUGAGCUCGGUGAUACUGUGAACGCAACAGUACGCGACUUGAAGAAUGAGAAGAAGAUCAACCAUCUACUUAAGAUGCAGAAGAAGUGGCCUGGAAAACUGAAUCUGUUUGAAGCAGACCUCAAUGUUGCAGGAUCGUUUGAUGCAGCAGCGCAGGACUGUGUAACAGUCUAUCAUGUCGCAUCACCUUUUUUGAUGGAAGAGCAAAUCAAAAAUGCCGAGAAAGAAGUAAUCGAGCCUGCUCUACAAGGUACACGCAAUGUUAUAGCCGCAGUCGAACGGAACACGAGUGUUGAGUCGGUCAUUAUGACUUCAACUGUUGGAGCGAUCUUUGGCGACUACGCCGAUGUGCUGAGAAUGGAUAAAAACACCUUAGCUGAGAAAUAUUACAACACCACUAGCUCUGCUACGCACAACGCUUACCACUAUUCAAAGACAAUAGCCGAACAAGAGGCAUGGACAUUGUACGAGGCUCAAGCAAAGAAGAGAUGGAAGCUAGUCACAAUCAACCCAGGUUUGGUGCUGGGACCGUCACUCUCGCCCAGCUCUGACUCUGGAAGUUUGUUCCUUCUGGACGAGCUGAUGAGAGGGAAGUUGUGGUUUGGGGUUCCAAACCUCUGGUUCACUACAGUCGAUGUGCGUGAAGUUGCCCAGGCGCACAUAAGAGCCGCACAAAUCGCAACGACAAAUGGCCGAUACAUUGUCGCACACCAAAACAUGACAAGUUUUAAGGAAAUAUCUCUCCUUGUGCGUAAUCACUGCUCAGCCUCGUUUCGUAUACCGCGGCAUGAGAUUCCGAGAACAAUCACUAGAAUUAUAGGGCCAUUGUUUGGGCUGACUCAGAAAUGGAUGUCAUUAAAUCUGGGAAUUAAGUUCGUGGUCGACAAUAAGAGAAGUGUGACAGAGUUGGGUAUCGUAUAUCGGCCUUUGCAGGAAACUGUAAUGGAUCAUUAUAAAUGUUGGGAGGCUUCGGUCCUCUAAGAUACAUGUGUUGAGAAGAACUCCGAACAGCUAAAAAUCCCCGACAGCUGUCGCUCGUGGUACAAUUGACAAACAGCAGCACAAGAAUACCCACCAUAGUUCUAGCGAAGACUUCUGUGUGCUUUGUUAAUUAUGUGGGUUGCUGUGGAAUCUU